UGAAAACCGGAUGUGUAUCGUACACGUCCUGCGAGUACUCGCAGUUGUUGUUAGUAGCAUACAGUCAUAUUAAUUCUGACAUUUUACUCCAUACGUGGGAUCUUAAACAAAAGUUACCAUGUCUGAAAGAAAAGUAUUGAAUAAAUACUACCCGCCGGAUUUUGAUCCAUCUAAAAUUCCGAAGCUCAAGCUCCCUAAGGAUCGUCAGUAUGUGGUCAGAUUGAUGGCUCCGUUUAAUAUGAGAUGUAAAACAUGUGGUGAAUACAUCUACAAAGGAAAGAAGUUCAAUGCACGCAAAGAGACUGUUCAGAAUGAGCUGUACAUGGGACUGCCCAUCUUCCGUUUCUACAUCAAAUGUACACGAUGUCUGGCUGAGAUUACAUUCAAGACUGACCCAGAGAACACAGACUACGCAAUGGAGCACGGUGCAACAAGAAACUUCCAGGCAGAGAAGCUGAUUGAGGAGGAGGAGAAGAGAAUCCAACAGGAAAGGGAAGAAGAGGAACUCAACAACCCAAUGAAGGUGUUGGAGAACCGUACAAAGGAUUCCAAGAUGGAGAUGGAAGUUUUGGAGAACCUGCAAGAGCUGAAGGAGCUGAAUCAGAGGCAGGCUCAGGUGGACUUUGAGGGAAUGAUCGAGCAGUACAGAGAGCUUGAGAAAAAGGAGAGGGAAAGGGAGAAAGAAGAGGAUGAACAAGAGACAAAAGAGAUGUUGGAACGUGCCCUUGUGAAAAGACUCAGAGACUCUGACUCUGACUCAGAGAAGGAGGAGGAGAGCAGAAGCAGCUCACAGUCAAAGACAGCCAUUACAAACAAACCGACAGAUGUCCUCACCACUGACAGCCCCAGAGAUUCACAGGGAACAUCAUCAACGGGAGUUAAAAGGGCGAAAAUAGAGAGCUGGGAGAGGAGUGUUGGGACACUGGGUGGAGGAGGGGCACUGGGGUCCCUUGUAGUGCGAAAGAAACCAGCAGCAGCCGUCAUUAAAGUUGGUCCAGCAGUGACUGCGUCCUCAUCCUCAUCACAUACAGACUCAAAGACAUCUACAUCUAACUUCAACAAUACUAAGCCUGUUAACACUCAAAAUGGUUCUUCAUCUCUGAGCCUGCUGGGGGCGUAUUCAGACAGCGACAGCAACGACAGCGAAUAAAAGGAAAAAGCUUUGGAGGAAUUUUGAUUUAUGACUGACUGUCAACCAACUGUAUGAAAAAGGCAGAAAAUAACAUAAGGACCUUUGUGUGAUUCUGCACAGAGGAAAACAUGCAAAAUAUAUGUAUUUGAAACAUUUCUAUGCAGUGAUGUCCCAACCUUGUUCCUUGGAGCCAUCCCCAUUUGUGUAUAAUCUCCAACCACAGGGCCACUGCAUGAACUUAAAAAAGUGGUCAGUUUCUGUCAAAAAUUGACAUAAUUUGAGUUGUUUUCAAUCUAGCCUGAAUUACUACUAUGGCUGAGUAAGUACUCUUACAUUUUUAGCAGGGAAACAUAGUUUCUACAGUUGUACCAAUGGACCUUUAAAUAAACCAUCCAUUAAAGGAUGUUAUCAUUGUUUUAGUUAAAUUUUGCAAAUCUAAUUUUGACAACCUCAGAUUUUUUCAAACUGCCUUUGGGGUUCCCAGUUUGGGAACUAACGCUCUAUAGAAUGAUAAUAAGUCAAUAAGGAAUGAGCAUUUUGUUUUUCCUGUAAAUUUAUCUUUUUUUCUUUCUCUUGUUGCAACUCUUGUAAAAUGUAUUUGGAUGGUAAUUUCACUGAGUUUAUAGUGCUGAUUUAAUUGAGUCAGCAUGUUUGGACUGUAAAAGUGGAUGAGACUUCACUAACUUUGGGGUCAUUAAAAAUGUUAUUUGAUGAACGAUAUUGUUAUU